AUGGCCAGUCCUGCCCAGGGACACCGCCAGGCCUUGCCUUCUCCCCCGCCAGCUUACCUCCGAUCAUCGCCCUCAUUCACCUCAUCAGAACCACGGACCAUCCCGAACCGACCCCAGAGCUUGAACCUCACUCGUAAACCAGUCCCCUCACAAUCCGAAACUUCUCCCGUCCUUCAAAACUCCCCGCGCUCACCAGUCAAAAUCGGCCAUGCCACCGACAUCCCAGAUGCCUCGAGCGUGCGCAUCGAAGGCGCAUACAGUGGGCCCACCACACCGCAAUUGGAGCUUCCCGAGGUUGCAGACCUGUCGCUAGAUGGCCCCGUACAGCCCCCUCAGAGUUGGGAUCCUGCCUACCCCCCGCGGCGAGACUCAAUACAGGCCCCGCAUUACACACACGCGCAUGCAUACGGUCAUACCCCAGCGAGUAGCGAGUCAUGGUCGGCAGAGCCGAAAGACGACGGACAGGGAAACCCGAAAAAGAGCGCCUCCUCACUUGAGCGCGAGGGUCAGAGCUAUAAUAGCUCGUCGCGGGGAAGCUUGGAUAGCGUGGCGCUGGCGUCCGACAGCUACGAACCUUUGACCUACCACCACCAGCAACAGCCGGCUGGGGCACCUGCAAGGAAACCUGCACCCAAUGCUGGGGAUAACCCAUCCGCCUCGACAGAUAAGCUUGCCGCUAGGCGAUCAAGGCUCUCGCGGCCUCUGUCAUCAUACUCUGUAACUUCAGAGGGGGGUCACCGACGGAACUUCUCCACAUCGCCGUAUCUACAUGCGCGAUCCUCAUCUGGAACCCCCGAAAACAGGUCUUCAUCAUUCCUCGACUUGCUCAACACAUCAUACCCGCAGCCAGGCCCAUCAGCAGCGCGAUUCGACAACUCGCGUCUCCAAGCCUCAGUCGGAAACAACGCCUCUCUCCUUAGCCACAAAGACACAUUCGAGAUGUAUCUAGCGAACGUAAAGAAAACUGACGAGCCAACAGUGCUGUAUGAAUUCGCCGUGUUCAUGGUAAAUUCAAUGCGCGAGAUGCCAGCCGUGGACCUCGAAGACUCCAGCCCGAUCACGCGCGCCCGCCUACUCCGCGAAUCAAAAUCUAUCCUUCAACGCCUGGCAGACCGCAGCUACCCCUUCGCACAGUACUACCUCGGCGACGGGUACGCAUCGGGACUCUUCAGCAAAGGCGUCGAGGACCAUGACCGCUCCUUCCCGCUCUUCGUCGCAGCCAGCAAACACGGCCAUGUCGAAGCCUGCUACCGCACAGCGCUGUGCUAUGAGUUCGGUUGGGGAUGUCGCCCUGACGGUACCCGUGCAGUCCAGUUCUACCGCCAAGCAGCGUCGAAAAACCACCCGGGCGCCAUGAUGCGCAUGGCCAAUGCCUGUAUCGCUGGUGAGCUGGGGCUCGGCAAGCGAUACCGCGAGGGAAUCAAGUGGAUGAAGCGGGCGACCGAGUCCGCAGACACUCAGUAUAACUCCGGGCCGUAUGAACUCGGCCUGAUGCACGAGAAGGGCUUCGGAGACGACGUCUUCCCCGAUGAGACUUACGCAGCGCAGCUGUUCACUAAAUCCGCGGAGCUGGGACAUGUCGAAGCUUGCUAUCGUCUUGGAGAUGCGUAUGAGCAUGGGAAAUUGAAUUGUCCACGCGAUCCGGCGCUCAGUAUCCAUUUCUAUACCAGUGCUGCGCAGAAUGGACAUCCGCUGGCGAUGAUGGCGCUUUGUGCCUGGUAUCUUGUUGGUGCGGAGCCUGUGCUCGAGAAGGAUGAAAACGAGGCUUAUGAGUGGGCUUUCCGGGCUGCGAAUCUCGGUCUUGCAAAGGCUGAGUAUGCUGUCGGAUACUUUACUGAGAUGGGUAUUGGCUGCCGUCGUGACCCUCUCGAGUCGAAUGUUUGGUAUGUCAAGGCAGCAGACCAAGGCGAUGAGCGGGCCAAGCAUCGAAUCGCUACAAUCCGGGCUGCGGCAGAGGGUACACAUCCAACCGUGGCUGGGCAUAAUAAAGCCAAGCGCAAUGGCCGACUUAAGAAAUCCGACCGCAAGGAUCAGAGCCCAAGUAAUGGCCAGGAAAAUGAAGUCGACAAGCCUGUCAAACAGAAACGAUUCGUCAUUUUCUAA